AUGUUGGUUUUAAUUAAAACACCAACAAUUACAUUCUCACUUGAUGUUCAACCAGAGGACACAUUAGAUAUAUUAUAUAGCAAAGUUGCAGAAAGAACUAAUAAUAAGAAAUAUCAGUUUCAAUUAACUUUUGCUGGAGAUGUUUUAUCAAAAGGGACACUAGGUGCAAGUGGUAUUAAAAAAGAAAGCACUAUUCAUAUGAUUUUAAUCAAAGAGAUCAGAUUAACAAUAACCUAUUUAAGUAAAGAUUAUUCAGUUGAAAUUCCAAAUAAUGCAGGUUUAAAGAUUUCACAUUUAGUUAGACAAAUAAGACAAUCAUUAUCAACACAAAUACCAGCAGUAGUUCCAUAUUCAAAUACCAUUAGAUUAUAUAAAAAUGACAAUAGAUUGUUAUCAGAGCAUUUUGAUUUACAAGAAAACCUUUCAAACUAUGAUACGGUUUUAAUGGAAAUCUCUAUACCAUCAAUACCCCCUCCCCCACCACCUAAAAAUAAAACAACUACAACCACCACAACUACAACCACCACAACCACAACCACAAGCAAAUAUUCAAAGAGUUUUAAAAAAUCAUAUGAUACCUCAUCAGAAAGCGACUCUUCUGACGACGAAUAUAAUAGAAGAAAACUAUUAAACAAAGAAUUAAGAGGAUUCAAAAAUGACUAUUCAGCAAGUAGCACCCUAUCAAAGAUUGAUAAACUUAACGAGGAGAAAUUCCUAUUAAAUGAAAAAGCAAGAUUAGAAGAAGAGAGAAUUGCAAGAGAACAAGAGCAAAUGGCAGACGAUAAUUUAUUAAAGAGCUUUGUAGAGUCGUCCAUGUCAUCUGAUGUUCAAAUUGUAUUUUGCUUUGAUACCACUGGAAGUAUGGCAACUAUUAUCCAAUCAGUCAGAACCCAAAUCGUACAAACUGUAAAUAGAUUGAUGAAAGAUAUUCCAAAUAUUCAAAUUGGUAUAAUGGGUAUGGGUGAUUAUUGCGAUGGUAUAAAUGUAUUAAAAACACUAGAUCUUUCUUCAAACAUUGACGAAAUUGUAGCAUUUAUUAAUAGUGUACCAAAUACAUCAGGUGGUGAUGCACCCGAAGCUUACGAAUAUGCAUUACAUAAAGCCAAAGAACUAUCAUGGUCAGAACACACAAGCAAAGCUUUUGUAAUGAUUGGUGACUCAAAUCCACACGAACCAACAUUUACAAAUCUUUCAAUUAAUUGGUUUAAGGAAUGUGAUGAUUUAUACGAUAUGGGUAUUAAAGUAUAUGGUGUACGUGCACUUGGUGAAUCAAUAUUUUAUGAUGAUAUUGCUCAAAGAACUGGUGGCAUUUGCAUUAAUUUCAAAAAAUUCAAUUUAAUUACCGAAAUGUUUUUAGCAAUUUGUUACAGAGAAGCAAGUAAAGAUCAAUUUAAUAAGUAUCAAAACGAAAUUAAAGAAAAAGGUGAUUUUUGUGAAGAAAUGAAUGAUAUUUUAGAUGAUUUAAAUAAAGAAAAUUUUACUGUCGUUAAAGAAGAUGAAUCAAAAUCAUUAGAGAUUAAAGAAGAUAACAAUAAUAAUGAAGAAAUAACACACACUACAACUACAACUACUACAACUACCAAUACUGCAACCACCGCCAUUCCAGAUAAAAAAAAGAAUAUUGUUUUUAAGCAAUAUGGUGUACCCUCCUAUAUUAAAGUUAAUGAACCUUGGUACAAUAUCAAUCCAAAUCUCCAAACUAAUCCAUCAUAUUUAUACAACCCACAUAUUGGCUAUUUCGAAAACUAUAGAGUCGGUAAAAGAGCACAAACCUCAGCUGUGGUAUCAGCUGCUGACGAUAAAUCAAGUAUAUCAACCUCAACUUCAACACUUUCAUCAGUUGAAAAUAGUGGUAAGGAAGGUAAUCUUUAUAAACUAUUUGAUUUCGAAACUAAACCACCAACACCAAUCAACAACAACAAUGGCAAUAAAAAAGCAGUUGAAAAAAAUAUAUAUAUUAUUGGUGAUCAAGGUAUUGGUAAAACAACAUUUGUUAAUAAUUUAAACUAUGUUGGUAAGGGUUAUAAUAGUAAAUUAAGAUUCAAAGAAAAGCCAAUGAUGUCCGUUCAAGACUUUGAAACAUGCGAUUUAUUUAUAGUAUGCUUUACACUCUCUGGUGGCUCCUAUAACAACUUUACAAAUUAUUUCACCGAAAUUAGAAAAAGAGACCCAUUAAAGCCAAUUGCCAUAGCAGUACUCAAAACUGAUUUACCAGGUGAACACAAGCCAUCCUAUCAACCAGAUGCCACCCAACAACUAUAUUCCUUGGCUGGUACCAUUGAAUUCAAUUCCAAGUUGACCGAUUCAGAAGUUAAAACAAUCGAAAAAAAUAUAAAUUCAAAAUUAAAUUCAAAAUCUUCAAAAUCCUCUUGUACUUUAAUGUAA